ACCUUUUAAAGAAAACAUUUUCUAACAAAAAAUAAAUAAGGAAAAAGUGGGCAUAGUUAAUAUGAGGAGAAUGAGAGAGAGUGGCACAUAAAAGGCCUCCCCCAAAUUUGAGAAUUACGUAAAGGAGAGGAAAAAAAAAAGAAAAGAUAAAAAAGAAAAACCCACGCGGCGACGCCUCUGGUUCCGCGCACGUUAACAGCCCCGCCCGCCCAUCCUCGACCCCCCCAGGGCGCACGAUAGCCUGCCCUCCCUAAGCGGUGGCCUCUCUCAUCUUUCUAGAUCCUCCAAGUCAGCCCCCGCCUGCCGCCCCUUUAACAACCCUACCCCACCGCACUCCUCUCCCAUUCAUUAUGCCACAACCACUCAUCACCACCACCUCCUCCUCCUCCUCCACCACCAAACCCCCCUCAGAUCUCUCUUAUCCUGCGCACUGCCCCCCCAGAUCUCCCUUAUCCUGCGCAUCCUCAUCAUCAUGGCCGCCAGCCUAUCCCCCUCCUCCACCUCCAACCACGACGACGACAACAACAGCCACAUCCCCACGGCCACCCUAGCCCUCCCCUCCACCUCCUCCGUCUCCCGACGCCUCCCGCCGCCGUGCUGGUCCCCCGAUGAGACCGUCGCCCUAAUCGAUGCCUACAAGGACAAGUGGUACUCCCUCCGCCGCGGCAACCUCAAAGCCACCCACUGGCAGGAGGUCGCCGACGACGUCGCCGCCAGGUGCCCCGCCAGCCCCCCCAAGACCCCCGUCCAGUGCCGCCACAAGAUGGAGAAGCUCCGGAAGAGGUAUCGCUCCGAGAUCCAGCGCGCCGCCGCGCACGGCGGCGUCCGCCGGUUCACCUCCUCCUGGGUCCACUUCCAGAGCAUGUACUCGAUGGAAAAGGGCCCCAAUCCCGCCCCUUCAUCCUCCUCCUCCUCCGACGAAGAAGAUUACAAUAACAACAACAGCGUCAAACGGAUAAACGAUUUGUAUAAUUACAACCAAAAAGGUGCUUACGGUAGCCAAUUGCCUGAGAAUAAUGGGGCGGCAAGCGGUUUCCGGAUCAAAAUCCCGGGCCGGGCCACCGCCGGACCUACUGUGGCCAAGGUUUAUUCGAAAUUCGAUGAGAUGGGUGGUCCAAACCCUACUAACCCUAACCCUAGAUUUACAAAUUAUGCUGCAGGUGUUAAUGGGGCUGCCUCGAGUAAGAUUUCUAGGGAUAAUUUUGUUGGGGUGGGCCAAAUUAGGAAGAGGGCUGGUGAAAUUCCGAAAAAGAGCAAGGGAGAUGAUGGUUUGAGUGAGCUAGUUGCAGCAAUUCAUGCUUUGGGGGAGGGUUUUAUGAGAAUGGAGAAGGCGAAGAUGGAUAUGGUGCAGCAAAUUGAGGAGAUGCGGAUGGAGAUGGAGUUGAAGAGGACGGAGAUGUUGCUCGAGUCUGAGCAGAGAAUUGUCGAGGCAUUUGCUCAGGCGAUAUCCGAGAGAAGUGCCAAACGGGCGAAAAGAAAUUCGACUACGCCUGAUUGAAAUCAAGAACUGGAGUAUGGUUGAGCAGUGGAAGUUUUGGUGCAUUGGAAUUUCUGUGUAAUUUGUGUUCGGAAAAGUGAAGAUUUUUCCUUCUCUUCCCACCACAAUCUGCCUACUUGACUCUAGCAUUUAGGCAUUUGGUGUGGAAGUUGGUUAGUGCUAUGUAGCUUUGCAUUUUGGUAAAUUUAUUCAUGAAAAAAGCUAUGCUGCUCAUGGAAUUUGUAAAUCUGAAAUUUUCACUGUUAUGUUUUGAUAAAUCAUGCCACAGUUCUUAUGUUCUCUAA